CAAAAAGGACAAGAAAGACUCAAGCUCCUCCAGCUCCAGCAGCAGUGAUGAGGAUGAGAAGGUCAAGAUUGACACCCCCAAACCUCCCGUUGUGAACUCCACAAACCCAUUGUGUCCAGUCCAGUGCAAAGACAAGACAGCUCGUCAUCCUCAUCCAGCUCUGAUGAAGAUUCCAAGAACAAGGGUCCAAGCAAGCCAGGUUCAAGUUGCCAACCAUUGAAAAUCCAUUCAAAAAGGACAAGAAAGACUCAAGCUCCUCCAGCUCCAGCAGCAGUGAUGAGGAUGAGAAGGUCAAGAUUGAGACCCCCAAACCUCCCGUUGUUGAACUCCACAAACCCAUUGUGUCCAGUCCAGUGCAAAGACAAGACAGCUCGUCAUCCUCAUCCAGCUCUGAUGAAGAUUCCAAGAACAAGGGUCCAAGCAAGCCAGGGUUCAAUUGCCAACCAUUGAAAAUCCAUUCAAAAAGGACAAGAAAGACUCAAGCUCCUCCAGCUCCAGCAGCAGUGAUGAGGAUGAGAAGGUCAAGAUUGACACCCCCAACCUCCCGUUGUGGAACUCCACAAACCCAUUGUGUCCAGUCCAGUGCAAAGACAAGACAGCUCGUCAUCCUCAUCCAGCUCUGAUGAGAUUCCAAGAACAAGGGUCCAAGCAAGCCUGGUUCAAGUUGCCAACCAUUGAAAAUCCAUUCAAAAAGGACAAGAAAGACUCAAGCUCCUCCAGCUCCAGCAGCAGUGAUGAGGAUGAGAAGGUCAAGAUUGAGACCCCCAAACCUCCCGUUGUGGAACUCCACAAACCCAUUGUGUCCAGUCCAGUGCAAAGACAAGACAGCUCGUCAUCCUCAUCCAGCUCUGAUGAAGAUUCCAAGAACAAGGCUCCAAGCAAACCUGGGUUCAAGUUGCCAACCAUUGAAAAUCCAUUCAAAAAGGACAAAAAAGACUCAAGCUCCUCCAGCUCCAGCACAGUGAUGAGGAGCAGUGAUGAGGAUGAGAAGGUCAAGAUUGAGACCCCCAAACCUCCCGUUGUGGAAUUCCACAAACCCAUUGUGUCCAGUCCAGUGCAAAGACACGACAGCACGUCAUCCUCAUCCAGCUCUGAUGAAGAUUCCAAGAACAAGGCUCCAAGCAAGCCAGGGUUCAAGUUGCCAACCAUUGAAAAUCCAUUCAAAAAGGACAAGAAAGACUCAAGCUCCUCCAGCUCCAGCAGCAUUGAUGAGGAUGAGAAGGUCAAGAUUGUGGAAAUGAUUGGCCCUCUUGAAGACCGAGGAGAUUCUUCAAUUUUAGCUUCACCUGGAAUUAUAGAAAGGUCUUCUUCACUCUCUGAAUCGUCAGUGGAUGAAACUUACAACAAAGCAGAUAAAUCUCUUUAUAAUGAAUGGAUAAAACAUCCAUUUGUGCGUCCAAAGUUGACACGAUCUCAGAGCUCGUCUAGUCUUAGUGAUGUUGAUGUAGCAUUGAAUACUGUAAGUGUGAAGUAUCUGAUCUCCAAAUUUGAAAGUCCAUCGUCUCAGUCUCUGCUUGAAGAUGUCAAGUCAAGUCAUUCAACUGAUCCCCUGAAUGUGACGCCCACCUAUUCUGACAAACCGCCAAUAGUCCAAGAUCGUCGUCGUCGGUCACGUUCUUUUGGUGGUAAACCAAUUAACCCGGCGAUGUCUGUUGCUGGAUCAUCUUUGGGAAGUGAAAAUGAAAGACCCUGGAUUCGCCGUGGUCGCCAGACUCCGACCAGAAUAUUUACUGUGCGUAAAACAAGAAGUCUUGGUCAUGGUAUUAAUAAUGGAGAGGAAUCCGCCUCGUCAUUGUCUUCUUCCGAUUUAGAGGAUGGUAUACCCCCGCGCACUGGUCCAAAAGCCAUGGCCAGAUCUCGAUCUUAUUCUAAUGUUCAAUCCCGCCACACCCAAACCAGUGACAAAGUGUUCCGUUUCUUAAGCCAUGAUAAUCACCAUAAUAUGUUUUGAUUUUUUUUUACUGCUCUCCCUCUAUUUUGAUGUUGUGUUAUUUUGUACAAUAUAUUUCGAUCACACUCUUUUGAACCCAAUAAACAUUACUUCACUAUCAAACAAAA